GUUGCGCUGCGCGCGCUAGUGAAGAGACAGACGGUGGAGAGGGAGGACCGCGCGCCGCGCCGUGCCUAAGCGAGCCGACCCGUGCCGUCGGGUCCUCGCCUGGCUACGCUAGGGCUACGCCUGGCCACGCCUGGCCAGCUACCCCUCCCAGGGCCCUCGGCCAGCCCUCGGCCAGCCCGCCAGGCCCGCAGGGCCCGCAGGGACUGGCCUACAGUAUUCGCGGCGCGAGCGUGUGUCUGUCGUGUGUCUGUGCGAGCGUGAGCGUGCGGCGCGAGCGCGCGGGGCGUGCGGGGGCCCAGAGCGUGACCCCGUGCGGUGCUAUGUGAUGCGAGUCCCCACCAGGCCCGCCAGGCCCGCCAGGCCCGAGGGCUCCGGGCUCCGCCAGGGGCUCCGCCAGGCCGAGGCCGAGCGGUGUGGCCAUGAGGAGGGCGAGGCCGUGUCGGUGGCCGAGGUUUGCCCCGUUUGUACCGGCCGUGUGCGGCCCACUAGGCCCACAAUGCCGUAGCCCGCCGCCCCGCGUGAGGGCUGGGGCUGUGGCCGGGGCCCGCGGGGCCGUGUCCGGGGCCGUGUCCGGGGCCGGGGCCAGGGCCGGGGCCGGGGCUAGUGCUGGGGCCACACAGUCCGGACAGCAUGGCCGCCAUGCCCGACCUGUCGCACCUCACGCCCGAGGAGCGGCAGAUCAUCGAGUCCGUCAUGAUGCGCCAGAAGAGGGAGGAGGAGCACGAGAACGAGAUCAUGAGGCGCAAGCAAGAUGAGGUCCAGGUGCUCGAGGAGAGCAUCCGCCAGCGGUCGGAGCAGCACAAGAAGGCGGGCGUCGAGCUGGACGCCACGUGUCACAUCUGCCUCAAGACCAAGUUCGCGGACGGCGUCGGCCACGUGUGCAACUAUUGUAACAUCCGCUGCUGCGCGCGAUGCGGGGGCAAGGUGACGCUGCGCUCCAACAAGGUGAUCUGGGUGUGCAUCCUGUGCCGCAAGAAGCAGGAGCUGCUGAGCAAGACGGGCCAAUGGAUCAACAAGGGCAUGGUGAGCAGCCAGCAGGACUCCAUCAUGCGGCGCAUCGAGGCCGACCUGCAGGGCGGCAUCCUGGCGGGGCUGCCGGGCACGCCCGGGUCCGUGCAGGCGGACAAGCGGCCCAAGCUGGAGCGCGCGCACUCGGCCGCCGAGAAGGAGAACCAGCCGCUGCUGGCGGGGGGGCUCGGGCUGCGGCGGCAGUACUCGCAGCAGGACGACGAGCGCUACUACCGCGGCGAGCUGGAGGGCCUGAUGCGCUCGCACCAGCAGCAGCAGGCCGUCAUGAGCCCCGGCAUGGCGCCCAUGGGGCCCAUGGGGCCGAUGGGGCCCAUGGGCAUGGCGGCGCACGGCAUGGGGCCCAUGGGGCCCAUGGGGGGCGCGCACAUGGGCGGGCCCAUGGCCCCGCACUACCGGCACGACUCGCUCAGCUCGGAGCAGAGCUCGUCCAUGGACAUGGGGCCCGGGCCCGGCAUGGUGCCCAGCAUGCACGCGCACCCGCACGCCUACCCGCACGCCGGCACGCACGCCGGGCCGCCGGGCCGAAAGCCGCACAAGCGCCAAGGCUCCACCAAGCGGGCGGGGCCGGGGCCCCACGGCCACGCCGCCGGCCCGGGCCACGCCAGGACGCACGCCCACCACCCCGUGCCGCAGCGCUCCUUCUCCUCCUCGGACGACGAGCUCAGGUCCACGCCAGACUGCACCAGCGGGGAGGAGCAUGACAGCGAGAAGGGCCCGCUUACCCUCAGCAACCACCACAACAGCUGUGGUCCCGGGGGCCCUCGCGGGGGUUCCGUAGGCGGGUCCCAGGCGGGAGCGGGGCCCCUCAGGGGCCACGCCUCAGACGCUCGCCGCUUCACAGAGCGCAGAAAGAAAACGGUCCGCUUCGACGGCCGACACGACUCGGGCAUAGACACCAGUUCAACGUUCACCUCGAGCGAGGACUCGAACCCGGGAGGAGGAGGUUCCAAGCACCCGCACUCCUGGCAGACUAGCGCCGACGGCACCUCGCUCAUCGGCCACAUGAUCCUACGGAAGUGCAUCCGCGAGCCGCAAGGCUCGGGCGGAUCCUCGUCCGGCUCGUCGACAACCUCGUCCAUCCUGGGGCUCAAGGUGACGGGGGGCAAGCUGCUGCCCGGCGGCCACAUCGGCGCCGUCAUCGAGCGCGUCAAGAAGGGCAGCAUCGCCGACCUGGAGGGACAGCUCAAACCAGGCGACGAGGUCCUCGAGUGGAACGGGAGGGUGCUGCAGGGGCUGUCGCACCAGGAGGUGUACGACAUAAUCGCCGAGAGCAAGCAGGAGCCGCAGGUGGAGCUGAUGGUGUGCCGCACGGGGCUCAGCGGGGUGCCCGGCGGGGGCCCCGGUGGGGGCGGGGGACCCCCGGGGCCCGGAAGAGGCUCGGCCAUGGGCAGGUCACUGCCCGCUACCGCGCACUUCAGGGCGCCACCAGUCCACAAAGACGUGUACGACGCGCGGAGGGACAACCCCGCCGUGCUGGUCACCUCGCCCGGCUCGCCCGACCUCCACGGCCAGCGCACGGCCCCCCGGCCUCCGCUCAGCAAGGCCAACGCCAACGUGGGAGGGAAGAUGCAGGUGAAGCUGUGGUUCGACACGGGCGCUCUCCAGCUGCAGGUGACCAUCGUGUGCGCGGCCGGGCUACUACCGAGAAGAAAUGGCGAGCCGCGGAACCCCUACGCCAAGAUGUACCUCCUCCCGGAUAGAAGUGACAACUCGAAGCGGCGGACGCAGACGCUGGCGCAGACUAACGACCCACGUUGGAACCAGACGUUUGUCUACUCGUCCGUCAAGCGCUCGGACCUCAAGCUGCGCGUCGUGGAGAUCACCGUCUGGGACUACAUGCCGCAUCGGACCAACGACUUUCUGGGCGAGGUGCUGGUGGAGCUGAGCGUGGCGGCGCUGGACGCCUCCCCGGAGUGGUUCUACCUGAGCGGGCACGGCGGCGGGGGCGGCAGCCACCACUCCCACCACGCUCUGCACGCCCACCCGCUCUCCCCCACGGACCACCUGAGCCCGCCCGGCCCGCCCAGCACCACGUCGCGGCUCUCGGACUCGGACACGUCCGAGUGCGACCUGGACGACGGGCGGGAGCGGCGCGUGGCGGACGGCGCGUCCAUCAGCAGCGUGGGCUCGUCCACCAGCCCGCCGCCGGACCUCAGCCUGGACGGGCUGGGCAGCACGCGCCGCUCGCGCCGGGACAUGUCGCCGCAGGGCCGCAAGCGCGCCGCGCACAUGGCCCGCGACAAGCCCGUGUCGUACCAGCCGCCGCGGGUGGCCGUGGCGCAGCUGGGGCCGCGGUCGCACUCGGCCGCGCCCGCCGACUCGCCCUCGCUGUCCAUGCACUCCCGGAGCAGGUCCAAGUCGCCGCGCAGGUCCUCGGACCACCACGUCGACCCGCGCAGCCUGUCGCCGCCCGACGACCGGGGCGGCAUGGGGGUCGGCGGCCACGGCUAUAUGCCGAGGUUCUCGCGGUCGGCCACGGCCACGCCGACGACAUCGCCGAGGCGGCAGCUGCCACAGAUCCCGCCCGCCGUGCAGAACACGUUCCGGGAGCGGGAUCGGAUAGCGAGGGACAGGCUGGACCGAGAUCGGUUAGAUAGAGACCGGCUGGAUAGAGACCGGUUAGACCGAGAUCGGCUGGAGGCGGAUCGUCUGGACAGGGAUCGGAUAGACCUAGACCGAGGACCUGCGCUUGACGCGGACGAUAGGAUACACAUGCCCCGGCAUUCUAUGAGACAUCGAGGAAGCCAAAGAGGCCAUCAGUCAGCCGACUGGUCUCAGCAGUACACGGGGCUCUCAGACAGCGACCUGUCCACGUCCGGCCGGGGCACCACGUCCACGUACCGGAUGAACCGGAGGCACCGCUCCCCCGACAAAGACAUUGUCGUCGGUGACUUCGGCGAUUCUGAUAUCGAGUCUGUCGUGUCUGUGACCAGCAGUGCCUUCUCCACGCAGUCUGAGCGGCCGAGGGGCUCGCGCGGAAUCAGGUACACGCAGCUGUCCACAAGUGGCAGUGAGUUCGGGGGGAGUUCGGCCGGGACCAUGACCAGGGGUGGACGCCAAGGCUCGCAAAGAGGGGCGUUCACCCGCAGCCUGUCCAACACGGACGUGCCGCCAGAGACUGAGGAACGGGACAGCCGGCCGAGCAGCAGCCCCGUCGACCAGAUUCAAAGCUACAAUGACGGCAGUCUCAGCGACACAGCUUUAGGAACUCAACACAACAUGGGCGGAUCGCGCAGGGUUAAAAUGGCUGGUGGUACCACUGGCAAGAUGGCGACGAGUAUGGGCAAGAAAAGCUCUUCGACGUCACAGCUGUCGGCUACCGGUGAGAGAAUCGGAGGCCGAAAACGUAGGUUAGGUUUCAACCGGAAGGGCAAGUCUUCCUUCACCGUGCACCGAAGCGAAGAAGUGCUCCCGGAGGAUGUCCGGCUCCUCGUCAGGCAGGCCAGCUCCAUGUCCAGCGACGGCGAGGGCUCCGGGGACGGAGACAGCAGCUGGGCGUCUAUGCGGGGUUCCAUGGGCCCCGACCCCAGCGGCGCCCUCACCGACUUCAUCGAGGGACUCGGCCCUGGCCAGCUCGUGGGGCGCCAGGUGCUUGGAGCGCCUUCCCUCGGGGACAUCCAACUCUCCAUGUGCUACCAGAAAGGGUACCUGGAGGUGGAGGUGAUCCGGGCGCGGGGGCUGCAGGCCAAACCGGGAUCCAAGACGCUGCCAGCACCAUACGUAAAAGUGUACCUGGUGAAUGGCAAGCGAUGUAUAUCCAAGAAUAAGACUCAUACGGCGAGAAGAACUUUAGACCCUUUGUAUCAACAACAGCUUAUUUUUAGAGAAAAUUUCGCUGGCUGUGUACUUCAGGUGACGGUGUGGGGCGACUACGGUCGCAUCGAGGGCAAGAAGGUGUUCAUGGGCGUGGCGCAGAUCAUGUUGGACGAUCUCAACCUGUCCGCCAUGGUGAUCGGCUGGUACAAGCUGUUCGGAACCACGUCCCUGGUUAGUGGUCCACCCUCGCUCGCCCUGUCGGCCCUGUCCCGCCGCAGCUCAGACAAUAGCCUAGACUCGAUCCCCACCAACCCGUAGCGGUGGUAGCGGGGACGGAGUGGGUGCCACCAACAUCAUCAUCCUCACCACCAUCUUCAUCAUCGACACAACUCGCUCCGCUCGCGUACUGACUGUGCCUGCUCCAGGUUGUCUGAGCCCAUCAUGUAGUGUGUGACCCUGGUGCCUGGCCGCGCCACGCCGGGCCACUCCACUCCCCUACCUUAGGGUAGGUAGUAGUAAAGUGGUCAGGACUCCGACCACCUUGGCAUCCCCUUCACCAUGGUCAUCGCCACCGUAUCAUCAUCGACAUCAUCAUCAUAAAAAUCAUCAUAAUCAUCAACAUUUCUCAACGCUUCGUCUUUAUAUAUGAAUAGGAGACUUUUAUACAAUGUUAUGGAGAGUGAUAAGGCAUGCUGCUCGUGUGAUAGACGUGACUCGCCGCCACCAACGCUACGCCCCGCCCCGCCACGCCCCACCACGCCACGCCACGCUCCGCCACGCCACACCCCGCCGCACAAGCGAAGCAGCGCCCUGCCGGCCCUACCUGGGCCUAACCUGUGUGUUUAGUCAACUAAAACAAGAAGGGUUAUUCAUUUAUGAAACAAAGAUAUACUAUAAAUAUAUAACUAUUUACAAAUACCUUGGAUUUCUUACUUUUAAAAAGGGACAUUGUAACAUAUUGUACAGGCAAUUUUGUUAUCGGUACUCUUCAUCAUGUACGAACAUGAAAGACCAAAUCGGUGAUCCGCAGCCUCUUUGCUCGCAACCCGCCCCCCCCCUUCUCUCAUCCUCCCCAACCCUCUGCUUCGCGCCUUCCGUCCAGUCAGCCCUACAUACGACGAGUGGCAUGUGCCAAACGUCCUCGCGGGAGGAAUGAGAAAACCACUUGACUUCCGUUUUUUUUUUUUCGUGUUUCGUCUGGACUCUCUCCUUUACUCUUCUUCGCCUUCGCCCUCUCACCCCCUCCCCCCUCUUCUCUCCUCUAUGAGGCUACAACAUAGUCGAUCAAAGUGGCCAGAAUGCCUCCCUUGGCAUUGACCCACCGAUGUCAGCCUCGAGCUUGAGGGGCUAAAGCGAGUUUGGAGGCCGCGGCGUCACUUUUUUAUUUCAGUUUAUUUUUUCUUUCAACUAGGUUGUCCUUUUUGUGGUGCAAUCAUUUGGCGCUUCAUCCAGACUUACGCAUUAUACAAGCAUCUGUUAGUUUAAAAAAAGUUAUGGUGAGGGAAAAUCAUUGUAAUUUCAAGUUAGGAUAAUUAUGUGCAUGCUGUGAUUUUUGUUGUUCUUUCGAAUAUGUUGACGCAUUGUCUUUAUAGAGCAGCAGAGGCUGCUGAGUCUCGGGGUGAGCGGUUGCUCACGGAUCCGUCGUGUGUGUGAGAGGGACAGAGACAGAAAGUGUGAGGGAGAGUGUGUGAAAGCGUGUGUGAGUGCGAGAGUAUGGGUGAGUGUGUUUUUCUAAUCAACUGAUACCAAUCGCAUAGGCUGCGGAGAAACUUCUUAAAAGCAAAUUCUGCGUAAAAUUUAAUUCUCCUUGACUAAUUUUUGUUUACUUCACUAAGUUUACCUUGGCUUUUCAAAAUUCAAAAUUUACUUGUCCUGAGAAAGAAGUGAAUGUCCAAUCGUGAUAAUCAGACUUAGAAAAUCAAAGCAAAAUAAGCCAAAGUUUUUCAAAGCCACUUUCAAAUGAGACCCACGGUUUGAAUUGUUUCUGAUUUGCAGUAGUAUUCCGUAGCAGUAUCAAAGCUCGGGCAGCUCUUGUUUCUUUUGUCUGAUUUAUCCAGCUAGGACGAAUCCGGGUGAAGUGUUUGUGCCUUCACCUCAGUUCUGAACAUAUCCUUACCAUUGUAUCAUAAUGUUAAAUUGUGCUCAAGUAUUUAGGAAUGUUAGGUUCUUGAUCAACCGCAAGCCCCCAAGCCCCAGUAAGAAGCGACACGCGAGGUAGUGGAAUGGAAAUCGAACCGACGUAAAUAAUGGCCAACUCAGUACUUACGUCGAAGUACAACAUGACUAUAGGGUGUCAUUUCUUACUGGGCCAUCAAACCGGUCCGGCCACAGAAAGACAUAAAAUUUAAAGAAAAUACAUUAUUUAAAAAAUGAAAAGCACUCUGGAUCUGUGAUAAUACCUUUUAACUGCUGUGCAGACUGUUGUUAAGCGCCAUGAUGCUACGAGUGUUACUACUCUUGUCCUGGGUCCAGCGAAGCAGAGCGAAGCAAGCAAAGGCCGGCUAGGCUACGCGGCUCCAAGCUGCUCCAAGUAUGCCAGGCACAACCUUAAAGUUCUCUCCAAGUCGUCGUUAUUUCUUUCCUCCGCUCUUUAACCGUACGGCUUUCAUUGGGAAGCUCUCAAACUCUAGGUUAAACACUAACAUAAGAACGUCACAUGUAAAUACGAAGACAAUAAAUGUAUCUAUGCAAAAAUUA